AUGUUGACACCUGGGUCCUUUUGGGAGGACAAAGGCCACUGCAUACUUCUCCGCGAUGAUCAGACUUUGUGCAACGACAUCUUACUACUACUGCAGACUGCUGCAAUUCCAGACGCACAUCUGGACCAAUACCUCACGCAACGAGAAGAGUGGGGGCUGUACUUCGCAUGCGCCGCCCGCAAAGGGAAGCUUGGCUUGGACGAGCAAGCUCCACUUCGCGGCUAUGGUGGAGCCUUCUUCAACCACGCUGGGUCCAUGGCCUUGCUCGUCGGUCCCGUGUAUGCGCCUGAUGAAACGGAAGCCAAGCAUGUGAUGGGAUGGACAGGCAUGGGUUUCUUGGAGAUCAGGGACGAGGCGCAGUAG